AUGGUCGCGACCUCUCUCCGUUGCUCACCUCCUCCGCCUCCAGGCCCGAAGCCCAUUCGGCGUCUGCAGGAGUCUGUGAUCAACCGUAUUGCUGCGGGAGAGAUCAUCCAUCGACCCUCGUCCGCGCUCAAAGAACUCAUUGAGAACAGUCUCGAUGCCGGUUCGACGUCCAUCAAGGUCACUGUCAAGGAUGGUGGGAUGAAGCUCCUCCAGAUACAGGACAAUGGCUGUGGGAUCCGGAAAGCUGACUUACCUCUCCUCGCCGAACGCUUCACCACCUCCAAACUCUCCACGUUCUCCGAUCUCAAACAUUUGACCACAUACGGCUUUCGAGGCGAGGCUCUAGCAUCAAUCUCCUACGUCUCGAAUCUAAAUGUGGUCACAAAAACCAAAACCGACACCUGCAACGAAGGAACGACGAUUACAGUCGAGAAUCUUUUCUACAACACUCCGACACGACUUUCCGCACUUCGAGGAUCAUCCGAAGAGUAUUCACGCAUCCUCGAGGUUGUCACCAAAUAUGCCGUGCAUAAUCCGCAUGUGUCAUUCACGUGUAAAAAGAGUGGGACCCCGUCGCCGGACGUGUCAACCCCCUCAUCGUCAACAACCGUUCAAGCCAUCCGUCUCGUGUAUGGACAGACGUUGGCCAAGGAGCUCUUACACGUCGUAGUGUCAUCUUCAAAGCAAUCCUCUGCGACGUCUGAAGAUGCCAUGGACGCCUUUGAUGAAGAAUCAGAUGAUGAUGAGGCAUGGAAUGCAGAGAUCAGGUUCACGAACGCAAGUUAUCAAGCGAAGAAAACUGCCUUGUUGUUGUUCAUAAAUCAUCGCUUGGUCGAGUCUUCUCGUAUCAAGAGAGCCCUCGAGGGAGUUUACAGUGGAAUCCUUGCGAAAGGAGCAUCGCCAUUCAUCUACUUGAGUUUGCGAAUAGACCCUCGUGCGGUUGACGUCAAUGUGCAUCCGACGAAGAAGGAGGUUCAUUUCUUGAAUGAGGACACCAUCAUAGAACGUAUCGCCGACGCAGUACAACAAGCGCUACUCGGGAAGAGCCAAUCACGAGCCUUCGAGUAUCAGAAGUCGAAAGGCAAACGCAAAGCGCAACCAGAUGACAAUGAGGUGAUGGAUGACGAGGAAGAGGGUGCGGAUGACCAGGUCAUGGCGGCACCACAGCUAGCGAAACGCAAGGUGUACGCCCAACACAAAGUCAGAACUUCUCUCAAUAACCGCACGCUGGACUCCAUGUUUCCAGUCAUCCAUCCUUCUCAGAAGCCCAGUUUGGACAGUGCAGGCAACCAUCAGGCGCCUGCUACUCCCUCAGUAUCAAAAGACACGGGAAUCAAAGAGUCCGAAACCAUCCUCACAUCCAUCCGCCAGUUACGCGCCGAUGUUCUCAAGGCCCACACGGCCUUGACUGAGAUCCUGAACAAACACACAUUCGUCGGCGUGGUGGAUAUUCCGCGAUGCCUCUCGCUUGUUCAGCAUGGGACACGACUCUACCUUCUCAACCACGGAGCGCUGUCAGCGGAACUCUUUUACCAGCUCGGACUCCGACAGUUUGGCAACUUCUCGCGUAUCCGACUGGACCCGCCACCCGAACUCCGCAUGCUCGUCGCUCUGGCCGUCAGCACCGAGGAGGCGGUGUCCGAGGCCCAUAUGGAUCGAGAUGUGAUCGUUGAUCAUAUCGUGUCCAUCCUCAUGUCGCGCAGAGACAUGUUGCAAGAAUACUUCAAUCUCGGCAUAUCGGAAGACGGCCACGUGGAGACGCUCCCGCUGCUCCUGCGCGACUACACUCCAAACCUCGAUAAGCUCCCGCUCUUCCUCAUGCGUCUCGGGCCCCAGGUGGACUGGACGGCGGAGAAAGAGUGCUUCGAGAGCUUUCUCCGCGAACUCGCGUACUUCUACGUGCCUGAGCCACUUCUCGACACCGCGCCUGCACGCUCGGCAAACGGCGACGCGGAAGCACUCGACGGCGCCGCGCAGAACGCCACCCUGUGGCAAAUACAGCACGCGCUCUUCCCGGCGAUGGCGCGCUACCUCGUCGCGGACCUGCCGGAGCUGUACAAGGUGUUUGAGCGGUGCUAG